CCCAGUCCCUCUCAAUGCCACACCACCCCUCCCCUCUCUCUCCCAGUGACCCCCAGCGUUUCCAUCUCGCUGCUGCCCUCCAGCUCCCAGCCCGGCCCCGGCCGCCUGCUCUGCUCCCUGAUGGAUUUCUACCCUGCCCACAUCCAGCUGAGCUGCUUCCAGGGCCAGCAGCAGCUCUCGGGGCACGGGGUGGCACCGCCGUGGUCCCCAACGGGGACUGGAGCCAGCAGCUCCUGGUGCUGCUGGAAACCUCCCCGCGGCGCGGGGUCACCUCCAGCUGCCAGGUGGAGCACGUCAGCCUGGAGCAGCCCCUGAGCCGGCACUGGGGCACGGGGGAGGCACUGGGGGGGAACUGGGAGAGGCACUGGGAUGUGCUGGGAGGAACUGGGAGGAAGCUGGAGAGAGCCUGGUUUCAACUAGGAGAGGGGAUAAGGUGUCUGGAAGGGCUGAGAAGGAGUUUGGAGGAUGCUGGGGAGGGCCGGGAAGGGAUUGGGAGGAGGUUUCAGGGGGUCCUGGGUGGGCUGAGGGAGACUGGGAGGAAGCUUGGAGGGGCUUGGGGUGUCUGUGAGAGGUUUUGGGGGGCUCUGAGCCCUGCAGACCCCCCAGAGAUGCUGCUGGACGCUGCCCACAGCAAGAUGCUGAUGGGGAUCGGGGGCUUUGUGUUGGGCUUUGUCUUCCUGGCGCUGGGGCUCAGCUUCUACCUGUGCAAGAAGGUGAGGGGGGGUCCCGGGGGUCGUGUCCCCCCUCCCCCAGAGCGUGUGUGCUCCCCCAGGGCCCCCCAGCCCGGUGUCACCCCCUUUUCUCUGCCCACAGAGCUCCUGAGCUGGCAGCGGUCGCAGCCCCUCCCCGUGGCCUCGGGCCUGGCCGGGACCCCCUGCUCCGUCCCCGAGAUGAUUUUGGGGGGAUCGUGUGUCCCCCCAGCCCUGCUGUCACUCUGUCCCCACCCAGCUGCUCCCAGUGUUCCCAACAAAGCUUCCCAGUUCACCCCAGUCCUGUUUACUGGGGGCAGUGGAGAGGGACUUGGGGGGACCCUGCAGGGGGACCAUGAUUCGGGAGGGGACAGAACGGGCCCCAGGAUGGAUCGGGAAUGGGGACCCCCGUGUGUCCCCCCUGUGUCACCCUGCUCUGGGGACUCCUUGGGAGGCACCUGAACCCCAGCACAGCACCCAGCCAACACCAAAAGGCGCCUGGGCGCCCUGAAGCUGCCAGGGGAAUUUGGGGAGGGGGCGCAUGGGGGGUGCCCAAGCCAGGCCCAGAGUCCAGCACUGCCCCAGCACCAUCUUGGGGAUUAGAAAGGAGGAGGAGUGGGACCCUUCCCAAAGCAAUUUGGGGGUUCUAGCCCCCUCUUCUUCCCUGCUCUUCCACCCCUUCCCCUCUGCCCCCCAAUCCACCAGCCCUGUCCAUCAUGCUUGGUUUUGGAGGUUCCAGGCCCCUCCUGCUCAGUCUGAGGUCCCAUCCCCCUUUCCCUCAAUUCAGGCACCUCCUGACAGCUUUUUCCUGGGAGGAGCCCUGAGUUUGGGAUUUUUGGGGUGCAGUUCUGCAGGGGGACAGCUCUGUUUGGCUUUCCCCUCCCUCUUGUGGCCUCUCAGCUGCCCCCAAUACCCUGGGGCUGCUGGGAUUUCCCUCCUGGGGACAAGGACCUUCAUUCCCUUCCAGGAGCCCAAUGCCCAGCUGGGGGUCCAG